UCGUGCUUUUGAAUUAACAUAACUCUUGGCUGCCCGGUUGUCACCGGUCACUCACGGAUGAAUGGAAAAAAAAGGACUUAGCUGGAGAACAGGGAGUGGACCCUCCCUUAUAUCAGGGAUAGAUCUACAUCAGAACCCGGCUUGAGGAGGGUGGCAUCUGCCUCAACCAGUUGGGAUGAUGAUAAAGGGGAGAGAGAACAUUACAACACAGAGGAACAGAAAACAAAAAGGAGAUCCUAAACACUGGACUGAUCGCCGCGCUUUGGGCUGCGAUGAGCGGCGGCGGCGACUCCAGCAGCGUCCCCUCAUUCAUCCUGCCGUUCACCGACUGCGUCCGGAGCCGCGGGAAAGACGGCUUCUACCGGGGAGCGAUAGACGUCACCGAGUCCGGCAGCCGGUGCAUGAACUGGACCGAAGUGGCCGGCUUCACGGAGCGUUACCCGGGGAAAGGCAUAGGGGAGCACAACCACUGCCGCAACCCGGACGGCAGGAUCCGACCCUGGUGUUUUUUCAGGAGCGUGAGAGGCAGAGUAGACUGGGGCUACUGCGACUGUAAACAAGGCUCGGUGCGUUUGCAAGGAGGCCGCUCCAAGCUUGACGGCAGGGUGGAAGUGUACCUGGGAGGAGUGUGGGGGUCUGUGUGCAGCGACGAAUGGGGGGAUGAAGAUGCUGCAGUGGUUUGCCGGCAGCUGGGCAAAGGGAUCUCAGGGCGUGCUCGUGCAGUUCCCCUGUUUAAUCCAAGCAUGGCCAGGCUUCACUGGAUGGCGGUUCACUGCCAGGGAGAUGAGCAAGACCUGCUCCAGUGUCCCAAGACUACCUGGAAUGGAGGAGAGUGUUCUUUGGCUGCAGCUGUCACCUGCACCCAGCAGAAAGCGGCUGUGCAGCUCCCAGUCCGGCUGGUGGGAGGUCGAUCAGGAUCAGAGGGCACAGUUGAGGUCUUCCAUGCAGGGCAGUGGGGUUCCAUAUGUGAUGACCAGUGGGACAACAGUGAUGCAGAGGUGGUGUGUCGACAGCUGGGACUGAGCGGCUUUGCAAGGGCCUGGCGCCAGGCGCAUUUUGGCAAAGGUUCAGGCCGUGUGUGGUUGGACGAGGUGCGUUGUACAGGCAAUGAGCUCACUCUGGACCAGUGUCCAAAAGGUGCUUGGGGAGAACACAACUGUCUGCACUCUGAAGAUGCAGGAGUGUCCUGCAACCCUCUUACAGACGGUACCACUAGGUUGGUUGGAGGAGCAGGGAGCCAUGAGGGACGUUUAGAGAUCUUCUACCAUGGUCAGUGGGGGACAGUGUGCGAUGACGGCUGGACAGACUCCAACACACAAGUGGUGUGUCGACAACUUGGUUACCGGUUAGGUGAGACUCUCCUUUCUGAAGGGCUAGACAUCACCCCAGUCCCACGCUUUGGGGUGGGGUCAGGUCCAAUUCUUUUGGAUGAUGUGAGCUGCACAGGGAAAGAACCUAGCUUAUUGCUGUGCAAAAGGAGGGAGUGGCUCCGCCAUGACUGCACACAUCAUGAAGAUGUUAACAUCGCAUGCAGCCCUGAGCGCAGUGGAGAGAGUCUACCAACCAGUGUGCCAGUAAGGCUUAUGGGAGGAGAAAGCCCACGGGAAGGCCGUGUUGAGCUUUAUCUGUCUGGUCAGUGGGGCACCGUCUGCGACGAUGGAUGGACUGAUCAUGACGCUGAGGUGGUGUGCCGGCAGUUGGGCUUCAGUGGCGUUGCUAAAGCCCGUGUGAUGGCAUACUUUGGGGAAGGAACAGGGCCGAUCCACGUGGACAAUGUGAAGUGCAGUGGCGAGGAGCGUUCACUAGCUGACUGUAUCAAACAGGUGCCCGGGACACACAACUGUCGCCACAGUGAGGACGCUGGGGUCAUUUGUGACUACGGUGAAUCCCAGCCUCAUAACACUAAAGAGGUCAAAGAUCCUGUCAACUCAAUUUGUGGUCUGCGGCUCAUACACACUCGCCAGCGCCGGAUCAUAGGAGGAGAAAACUCUCUGCGGGGCGGCUGGCCUUGGCAGGCUGCGAUUCGUUUGCGAGGUUCUCGGGGAGACGGGAGGUUAGUGUGUGGAGCAACCCUCAUUGACACCUGCUGGGUCCUCACCUCAGCACACUGCUUCAAAAGGUACGGAAACAGCACCAAGCAGUAUAAAGUUAGAGUGGGUGACUACCACUCCCUCGUCCCUGAGGAGUAUGAAGAGGAGUACGGUGUCGAUCAAAUUGUCCUCCAUCCAAGCUACCACUCCCAUAGCAAUGAUUACGAUCUGGCCUUGGUUCGUCUGUCACCGGGGGCGCUGGGCCAGAUGCCGGGAGAGUGUGUGUCGUUCAGCCGACACGUCCUUCCCGCAUGUCUGCCCAUGAGGAAGGAGAGAGUGGUCAAGCAAGCCAGCAACUGUCACAUUACCGGCUGGGGUGACACAGGCCGCUCAUAUUCCAAGACCCUGCAGCAGGCCCCUCUCUCUCUACUUCCCCGUCGCCAUUGCCAGCAGCAUUUCCACGGUGCCUUCACAAGCCGCAUGCUCUGCGCCGGCAGCAUCCAGUCAGAGAGGCGUGUGGACAGUUGCCGUGGUGACAGCGGCGGUCCGCUGGUGUGUGAGCGUCCAGGUGGGGGCUGGGUGGUGUAUGGGGUCACAUCCUGGGGUCAUGCCUGUAGGACACAACAGUCCCCUGGUGUCUACACUAAAGUCUCCGCUUUCAGCUCCUGGAUACGCAAAGUAAUUGAACGUGAAGAGAAACAGCGAUGAAAGGUGAACAAACUGAUGGACUUCUCAGUUAGAAUGACUCUCAAGACUGGAUCGGCCAGCCGAGAGCUGAUACAACGCAGUUUUUUUUAGUCAUGAAUAUCGGAUGCCACAAUAUUGUUGCCUACAUUUUCCGGUGUUUUAAGUUACAACCUGACUUUCAAAUCAAAGAGACAAAAAGGCAAUGAUGGACCUUUUUCUCCUGGGAAUAUUUUAUAUUAUUUGGAGAGAGGAAGUCUUUUCUCUCAUCUGAAUCAAUAGCACUUAUUUUAAUGAUUAAGUAAUCUUACAAGCUGAGAGAUUUUUGAUGGUAUUAAAUCAAGAUUUUGUUGUUGUGACAUUGCCUACUGCACAAUUUUUUAUUCAUAUAAUGUUUUCUGUGCUUUCUUUUGUUAUGAAGGUAAACUGUAAGUUAUGAUAUGAAACAUGUGAUUAAAAAUGUUGGAAAGGGACCACAGUGUUAAAAAAAUUUUACAGCAUACAUGCAUGCGCUCAUGCAUUCACAGUAAGUGGUGGAAUGGCAAUAAUUUGUAUGCUUGCACUAAGAACCCCUCUUUGGUACUUAAUGCACGAUAUUCAGUCUUUCUGUUUUAAGCACUCUCGUCAUAUUGACAUUUGCCAAAAGUGAAAUAUGUCUUUAAACCUCAUUUCAUUUGUGUUUUUAUAAAGUGUCUUCAUUGUGCUCUUUGUUGUACUUUGUGUGGAGGGCAGAUUUCAGGUCUUAGUCAUUCUCAGGCUUUUGUAAUUCAGUGUUUGUCCUUCACUCACUGCUGCUUGACAUUUGCAGACAGAGGAAGGGAAUAAGGUAUUUCUGAAUCAAAGCACAAAACGGUAUUUCCAAGUGUUGAUUUGUCAUAGCGACACUUUGUUAAUUUAAGUUCUUAUGUCCCGAUGAGGCAAUUCACUCUGGUCAUGCUUGUUGAAACGCAGAAGGGAGACAAUCCGGUACACUUGAAAAAACAGACACUACACUGCCUUCUUCUUUUUGGUACUUCUUUUGUGUUAUGUUGUAAUGUACUGUAACAUCUCUUCACAAACUAAACUUUGGUGAAAAGUC